UACUUCUGUCAUUUAAUGUUUCGUGUAGAGGAUCAAAUUUGUCGAGCUACGCUCACGCUUGUCGCGCUUUCACUCUCUCUCUGUAUAGAAAAAAAUUUGCAGUCGUUUGCUUGGCUCUUGGAGAUAAUUUGUUUGCUGUUUUUGCUGAGCUCGGGAAUCGAUUCGAAGAGGGGGUGAUUAUUUCUCAAAUCUCAACAAUGGAGUCUGAAAAUGGAGUUGAUGAAAAAAUUGGUGAUUUUGAGAGAUCACCAAACGAGGAGGAAGGGUCAACUCUGGAAGUGAACAAGGAAAAUAUCAGUAAUACUCACGAGCCAUUUUCUGGUGGAGAUGAAAUGUGUAGUAAAGAUGAGGUAACAGACAAAGAGGGCCCUAACUCGUCUGCAUCUGAAUCGAUCAUGUCGACGUCUGUGUCGGAGAGUAAAACAUCACAUCCUGGCAAAGAUGCCAACAACAAUGUCUCAAAGAACACCAAAUUGGCCAAGAGCAGCUCCAAUUCAAAAGCAUCAGCUGUGUUCGGACGGAGCACGAAGUCGAGCUUGUCGCAGAGCCUUUCCUUCCCAUCAAAAGGUCGCCAUUCAGAUGUCAUGAGAAGAAGCAUUGAGGUGUAUCCAAAUAAUUCGAAAAUCAGGCCAUCUCAGAAGAAUAAUUCUUCGAAAGCUGAGUUGCAGGCAUCGAAUGGGAGUGUCAGUUCUCAGAGAAACCAUGGCAGGGGGCCGUCUAUCAGUCCUAAAGGUGUGAAGGUUUCGGAAAAGGCAGCCAAUCGGCGCACGAGUUUAACAUCUUCACCAAAUGCACAUCAAUCUAUGCAGCCAGAUAAAGGUGUAGCUGCUAAUGGAACUGAGACCAACACUGCUGCUUCUGAUGUUUGUAAAAAUAGGAUGGUCGAUAAAGAUCCUGAAUCUGGAAAGACAGCAUCCCCUGUGAAGGAAGAGGAUGUUCGUUCCACUACAUCAUCAAAUCUAACUCCUCGAACGCAGCAGAGGAUUCAUGUUUCGGCAUUCUCCUUCAGGUUGGAUGAACGUGCUGAGAAGCGAAGAGAGUUCUUUUCGAAGAGAGAAGAGAUAGUACAAGCCAAGGAAGCAGAAAAAAAUGAUCUUCAAGUGAAAUCAAAGGAAAACCAAGAGGCGGAAAUAAAGCAGCUGAGGAAGAGCUUGGCGUUCAAAGCUACUCCCAUGCCGAGUUUCUACAAAGAACCUCCCCCGAAAGUUGAAUUGAAGAAGAUACCAACAACACGUCCAAAAUCUCCAAAACUUGGAAGGAACAAAGGAUCAUCCCCGAAUGGUAACAACUUCCUGGAAAACGGAGAUGAUCAGAAAUUGCUCGAGGCUGUCCAGGCUAACGGCGACAAGGGAAAUGCAACUCUAACAAAAUCUGUCCGAAGAUCAUUGCCAAAGAUGAAUGCUCGAAAAGUAAACAAUGCAGAAAGGCCCCCCCACGAAGAUCAAAUUCCAACACGGAUCGAUGGUUCCCCGGAAACAAACGAUCCUAUACACGAAAGCCAUGGUAUGAUUUCUUCUUCUCCAUUGCCUGCUGAAGCUACUGUUGAAGGUUGAAGAAGAUCAAGAAUCAAUCAUCUCUCUUAUUGCCAUGGAAAUUCCAAAAAUUAUAAUAUAUACAUACACAUAAAUAUAUAUAUAUAUAUGUAUGUAUAUGUGCUGUAGUAAUUGCAUGUUGAAGUUUUGAGAUGUCUUUCUUAUAUUAUGAAAAUUGUGAAGUAUUUAAUUAUGUAUUUGCUUUGUCUGUAUGUCUGUGUAUACACUCAUUGGUCACUGUAAAUGAAUUUCAAAAAUAAUUUGUAUAUGGUGUUUACAAUUGUAAGACUCUUCUUUGUCAUUUAAGGCUUUUAUUUAUUUUGAGUA